AUGAGGGCGACACGGAAGCGUUCCCACGCCCUGCCGACACACUUCGAAAAUCAAAACGUCAAAUUCUUUGUCACUUCGAGACAAUUCGACCUCGUUGACCGUUUUAUAUCACCUAAUUACCCUAUCGAUCGCCUCAUCAUCAAUCUUUCGGAUGAUGCUAAUACAAAUGACUUCGUUAUCUACAUCCAACCUCAACUCCCCGAACUGAAGGAUUUGCCAACAUACACCCCUGAUUUGGCUGGGGCACUUGGAAAUCUUCUUGUAUCACUUGACAAACUCGGACGGCACGACGAAACAUUUAGCGUGAUCGAGAAAAGUGUGGAACUCUGGCGCAGGCUAGCUGCCAGCCAUCCAACAUCAUAUACCCCGUAUUUAGCUCGCGCGCUCCAGAAUCUUGAAGUUUCAUUCGACAAUCUUAGGCGGCAUCCCGAAGCACUGACAGUAAUCGAGAGAAGUGUGAAACUCCAACGUGAGCUAGUUGCUGUCCAUCCGACAUCAUACACCCUGGAUUUAGCUGGUGCGCUCCGGAACCUUUGUGUAUCGCUCCACAAAUCCAAACGUCGUCCCGAGGCACUCGUGGUGAUUGAAGAGUGUCAAACUCUGGCACGAGCGAUUCGUUGUCCAUCCACAUCCCGGAUCUGGCUGGAGUGCCCCAAAAUCUUUUUGUAUCACUUGAUGAAGGCUGGGACGAUGUUAUGA